CUUAACAAGCGCCGCACGGAUGCGAAAAAAAUUAAAAUUAAAAUCAUACAAUCGCUGCACACUCUUAAUGGCUGCCAUCUGUUUUGUUUCCAAAGAAAUCACAUCUCCAAUUUUUUUUUCAUGAAGAAUAGCAUUGGAUUCAUGGUUUAAGCUAUGGAGGAGCGAGACAAAAUCAGUGAACUUCCUGCAGAUUUAAUUGACAAGAUUAUGGGAAAAUUGUGGAUUGGAGAAGCUGCUACAACGGCCGUCUUAAACACUGUCUGGAGAGAUGCUUGGUACAAUCUUACUGAGAUUGAUUUUGAUGAUUCCUUCCAUCAUAACAUUUACUCAGAUUUUGAUGAUGACCCAGCCACUUGGCAUGAUACAAUCAACGAUUACCUCAAGAAGCACAAUGGAAAUAUUAAAAAAUUUGUCGUUUAUUUCGAUCUGAAAGUAUAUAUAGGUGAAUUCGAUAAGUUGUUCCUUUCUGUCACAAAGAAAGGUGUUCAAGAUCUCGACCUGCGGAUAUAUAGUGAUGAUGGUAGGAAUUACCGGCUGCCGCCUUGCAUCCUUGAAUGCCCUACACUGAAGACUUUUCGUGCGUGUGGUGUUAAAAUAGACCAGAUAACACCCCGUUGCAUGUGUCCUAAUGUCACUUUUCUUAGCUUUGAUGGUGUUCAUUUUGAUGCAAGUAGUCUUCAACUUCAUUGUGUUGAUCUUCCAAAGCUCCAAAGUCUGACAUUUAGAAGAUGUAAAAACAUCUCUCAUUUUAACAUUACUGCUCCGAAACUUGGUAAUUUAUCAAUCGAAGAAUGUUACAUUGGCAGUGAUGAUGAAUGCCAUAGUAAUAGUGAUAUUGAUUACUACUCUGAUGAUGAUGAUGAUGAUGAUGAUGACUGUAAG